UAGCCACAAUGGCCUGUAAUGGCUUAGUCAAAGGAAGUCAGGCUUUUUGCAAACAAAAAAAAAAAAAGGAAAAACCUUGCAAAAGUGUGUACCAGGCUGACAAUGGGCACAAUGGCUACUGGGCACUGUCUUUAUGUAAAAUGCUGUAAUCUGUGAAUUCACUGUGGAUCAGGCAGAACACAGAAGCCUGUUGUCUUGAAUUAUCUUCAAGACCAUUGCACUUUAUGGAACUGAAUGAAGCUGACUUGCAAAAGAAAAAACAAAAACAUGAAAACUAAGCAGCCUCCUUUGCUCUUUGGCAGGGUGAAGUAGAGAAAUAACGCCUCCCCGCUGAACUACUAUGAGGCCAGAAGCCUUGCUGCUAUGUCUCACACUGCUACACAGCACUGGGGCUGGUUUCCCAGAAGACUCUGAGCCAAUCAGUAUUUCGCAUGGCAACUAUACAAAACAGUAUCCGGUGUUUGUGGGCCACAAGCCAGGACGGAACACCACGCAGAGGCACAGGCUGGACAUCCAGAUGAUCAUGGUCAUGAACAGAACCCUCUACGUUGCUGCUCGGGACCAUAUUUAUACUGUUGAUAUAGACACAUCCCACACAGAAGAAAUUUAUUGUAGCAAAAAACUGACAUGGAAAUCUAGACAGGCUGAUGUAGACACGUGCAGGAUGAAGGGGAAACAUAAGGAUGAGUGUCACAAUUUCAUUAAAGUUCUUCUCAAGAAGAAUGACGAUACUCUGUUUGUCUGUGGAACCAAUGCCUUCAACCCUUCCUGCAGAAACUACAAGGUCGAUACUUUGGAAACUUUUGGGGAUGAAUUUAGCGGAAUGGCCAGAUGCCCUUAUGAUGCCAAACAUGCCAACAUCGCUCUGUUUGCAGAUGGAAAACUCUCCUCUGCAUUGGUGACUGACUUCCUGGCCAUUGAUGCAGUCAUUUACAGGAGCCUUGGAGACAGCCCUACCCUCAGGACAGUCAAACAUGAUUCAAAGUGGCUGAAAGAACCGUACUUUGUCCAAGCAGUGGAUUAUGGGGACUAUAUCUACUUCUUCUUCAGAGAAAUUGCAGUAGAGUACAACACCAUGGGGAAGGUUGUUUUCCCCAGGGUGGCUCAAGUUUGUAAGAAUGACAUGGGAGGGUCUCAGAGAGUCCUGGAGAAGCAGUGGACAUCUUUCCUGAAGGCUCGCCUGAACUGCUCAGUGCCUGGAGACUCUCAUUUUUAUUUCAAUAUACUCCAGGCAGUUACAGAUGUGAUUCGCAUUAAUGGCCGUGAUGUUGUCUUGGCAACCUUUUCCACACCUUAUAACAGCAUCCCCGGGUCUGCAGUCUGUGCCUACGACAUGCUAGACAUUGCCAAUGUUUUUACUGGGAGAUUCAAGGAACAGAAAUCUCCCGAUUCUACUUGGACACCAGUUCCAGAUGAGCGAGUCCCUAAGCCCGGGCCAGGUUGUUGUGCCGGCUCAUCGUCUUUAGAAAGAUAUACAACCUCCAAUGAGUUUCCUGAUGACACCCUGAACUUCAUUAAGACACAUCCACUCAUGGACGAGGCAGUACCUUCCAUCAUCAACCGACCAUGGUUCCUGAGAACGAUGGUCAGAUACCGCCUGACCAAAAUUGCAGUAGACAACGCUGCUGGGCCGUAUCAGAAUCACACUGUGGUUUUCCUGGGAUCAGAAAAGGGAAUCAUCUUGAAGUUCUUGGCCAGGAUAGGAAGCAGUGGUUUCCUAAAUGGCAGCCUUUUCCUGGAGGAGAUAAAUGUUUACAACCCAGAGAAGUGCAGCUACGAUGGCGUGGAAGACAAAAGGAUUAUGGGCAUGCAGCUUGACAGAGCAAGUGGCUCACUGUAUGUUGCUUUCUCUACCUGUGUAAUAAAGGUGCCUCUUGGCCGGUGUGAACGACAUGGCAAGUGUAAAAAAACCUGUAUUGCCUCCAGAGAUCCAUACUGUGGGUGGGUGAAGGAAAGUGGUUCCUGCGCCCAUCUGUCACCCCUUAGCAGGCUGGCUUUUGAACAGGACAUAGAGCGUGGCAAUACAGAUGGCCUAGGAGACUGUCACAAUUCCUUCGUGGCACUGAAUGGAGUGAUUCGGGAAAGUUACCUCAAAAGCAAGGACCAGCUCGUUCCGGUUACCCUCUUGGCCAUUGCAGUCAUUCUGGCUUUUGUCAUGGGGGCCGCCUUCUCGGGCAUCAUCGUGUAUUGUGUGUGCGAUCACCGGCGCAAAGACGUGGCAGUAGUGCAGCGCAACAGUGGCCUCUUUGGGGACACCCAGUCCAAAGACCCAAAGCCUGAGGCCAUCCUCACUCCACUCAUGCACAACGGCAAGCUGGCCACGCCUAGCAACACGGCCAAAAUGCUCAUCAAGGCUGAUCAGCAUCACCUAGACCUCACCGCCCUGCCCACCCCAGAAUCCACUCCGACACUGCAGCAGAAGCGGAAGCCCAACCGCGGCAGCCGCGAGUGGGAGAGGAACCAGAACCUCAUCAAUGCCUGCACCAAGGACAUGCCCCCUAUGGGCUCCCCUGUGAUUCCCACGGACCUGCCCCUUCGGGCUUCCCCAAGCCACAUCCCCAGCGUGGUGGUCCUGCCCAUCACGCAGCAGGGCUACCAGCAUGAGUACGUGGAUCAGCCCAAAAUGAGCGAGGUGGUGGCUCAGAUGGCACUGGAGGACCAGGCUGCCACCCUGGAGUAUAAGACCAUCAAAGAGCACCUGAGCAGCAAGAGUCCCAACCACGGGGUGAACCUUGUGGAGAACCUGGACAGCCUGCCUCCUAAAGUUCCACAGCGUGAGGCCUCCUUGGGCCCCCCAGGAGCCUCACUGUCACAGACCGGCCUAAGCAAGCGGCUGGAAAUGCAUCACUCCUCCUCCUAUGGGCUUGAGUAUAAGAGGAGCUACCCCACGAACUCGCUCACGAGAAGCCACCAGGCCGCCACUCUCAAAAGAAACAAUACUAACUCCUCCAAUUCCUCCCACCUCUCCAGGAACCAGAGCUUUGGCCGGGGAGAUAACCCGCCUCCCGCCCCGCAGCGGGUGGACUCUAUCCAGGUGCACAGCUCGCAGCCCCCUGGCCAGGCCGUGACUGUUUCGAGGCAGCCCAGCCUCAAUGCCUACAACUCACUGACGAGGUCGGGACUGAAGCGCACCCCCUCGCUAAAGCCAGACGUACCCCCCAAACCCUCCUUUGCUCCCCUUUCCACAUCCAUGAAGCCCAAUGAUGCCUGUACAUAAUCUCUGGGGUUGGGGCCCAGGAGUCGAAGCAUCAGACGAGGUGAGGCACCCAUCCAGUUCAGCAAGGUCUCCACUGCCUCAAGGAUCCACCCGACCAAGAUGGCCCUGGAGGAGUUGAGGAUGCUGGGUCCUCCUCCCUGGGACACAGGGACACUGAAAAUCAGGCCAUGUGGUUUGGUGAAGGUUUAGCAACAGUCACCUCCAUUCUCUUCCUUCACACUCCCCCACAUCGUACAGCAGGUCGGACUCACAAAAGACUUGAGUAUCAUAACAAACAUGAGCCAAAAGCACAUUCGUACCCUGUCCCCACAUUAACACACACCCACA